ACGAAUGGCAUGCAUCCGCUGCAUGCAUGAUUCAUUCAUGAUCCAUCUCCAUCUCCAUCAGUUUAUCUCCACUGCUCGCUAAGCUAAACCCUCUCCACCUCUCCUCCCUUCCUUCCUCGAACCAAACGACUCCUACUCUUCUUCUUCUUCUUCGUCGAUUCCUCCUCUUUCUCCGGCCAAGAACCACACCAAGAACUCCUCCUCUGUAGCUCAGGCUCAGCCAACAACAAGUCAAGAAGGAGCUAGGUGCUUGCUGUGCAAGCUGCAUGGGUCAGGAGGAAGAAGCAGCAGCCGCGCCGGUGACCGUGUUCUCAUGGGAGAAGGAGCUGCGCGUGUCGAAGCAGACGACGGCGGCCGUGGGAGGCCGUGACGGCGGCAUGCCGGACAGCCCCAGGAAGGCGCCGCCGGCGCGUCGGCUGUCCGUGCCGCCGCCCCCCGGGAGGCUGCCGUCGAACAAGAGCUUCUCCAGGGCACGCGCCGUCCGGCCGGAGGACGACCCGUUCCUGGCGGCGUACCUGGCCUGCACCAAGAGCACCGGCAGCGGCGGCGGCGGGAGCUUUGCGCGGGAGGCCAGGGGGCAGAGGCGGUUCACGUGGGCCGGGCUCGGGCUUGGGCUUGGGCUCUCCUGCAAGAGCUCCAAUGCGGUUGUGGAAGGCAGCAUGGUGAAGAAGGCCAAACUGCCCGAGGUUCACCCCAAGGAUGCUUGAUCAUCAUCUUCUUCUUCUUCUGCCUCAAGUCUCUUGCUUGUUUUCUUUGAUUGUUUCUAGUCAUGUUAGUCAAAGCAACAAGGUUAUAUCUGCCAUAUUUGCAUUAGUUGCUACUUUAGAACUAGAGGUAUAGGGAGGGCAGAGGCAGUCAAGAAUCAAGAUCACACUUCACACAUGUGUGGUUCAUCUAUCUUUGGUGAAAGGGAACAUAUGGGUUUGUGCAAAAUAUUGGCAAUCUUGUGUGAGUUGUAUAUAUGCCCUUCUUCUUUUUUUUUUCCUUGUCCUCAAUUCAACUUGGUUUGUCACUUC